AGCUCGGCGCUUCACAGGCUGAGGCAGGCACUCAGUUGGUCCCCCUCAGCCUAUCAGGAACCGGGAGAAGACGGCACAAGCCUGCACGCCGGAGCCGCUCGAUCUCUCUCUCUCUCUCUCUCUCCCUCUCCCUCUCCCUCCCUCUCUCUCAAUGAAGCUCCCUAGAAAGAGAGCGGAAGGUGGAACAAGAAAGCGCGGAUCUCUCCCGUCCGGCAACUGAAACAUGGGCCAAGACGCGGUGGGCAGGAGGGGGGGGAGAAGCUAUCAGGUACGGUCUGAGGAGUGAGGGAGAGACUAUCCCCCCAGCGCACUUCGAUUUCAGCGGACGAGCUCACCGUGCCAAAACAUCCACAAAGGAAAGGAGGUUCCUGACAAAUUGGAGGAUCCAUUCUAAAAUGAGAUGUGCUGGUAUGUCCUGGAGAAACACUUGUGCUGCUUGACUAAACACUCUCAUCAGAGAAAGGAGUUCUGGAGGGACUCGAUGUUAAUUGAUGCUGAGAGGAAGCUGAAUACAGAGAGCUUCUCUCACCUGAAACAGGACAUGGAGGAGGACCCGUGCGAGGGGCGCAUGCGGCCCGAGAGGAGGGAUCGUGCCUCCCCUGACGUCCCCUGCUCCCCCGCCAGUACUGCGGCCACCACCACGGCACCCCGCCCCCUCAGGCAGGCCUACGCCGGCAGCCCCGCCCCCGCCGUCCCGCUCCUGGACUUCCCCAAGACCCCGUCGGGCUCGCCCGUGCCAGAGCCCGCGGGAAAGUGGGCGCACCUGACGGAGCUGGAGCUCAAGGGGCUGAAGGCUCUGGUGGAGAAGCUGGAGUCCCUCCCGGAAAAUAAGAAGAACAUUCCGGAAGGCGUGGAGAACCCCCAAGCCCUGCUGGAGGACAUGAAGGUUGCCUUGAAGGAACAUGGAGAGGAUGGGGCUAAGCUAGCCCUUGCUGGAGUACCUGUUGUGUGCUGGCCCAAGAAACCAGUGAAGCAGCGGCCCGCCAACCGGCCCAAGCCCAAGAUGGGGGCGUCCACGGCGGUCAAGCUGCCAGCGAGCCGCUCCACGUCGGGGGCACGGCGGCGCCGGACGCGCUGCAGGAAGUGCGAGGCCUGCCUGCGGACGGAGUGCGGCGAGUGCCACUUCUGCAAGGACAUGAAGAAGUUCGGCGGGCCGGGGCGCAUGAAGCAGUCCUGCAUCAUGAGGCAGUGCAUCGCGCCCGUGCUGCCCCACACUGCGGUGUGCCUGGUGUGUGGAGAGGCGGGCAAAGAGGACACGGUGGAGGAGGAGGAGGACAAGUUCAACGUCAUGUUGAUGGAGUGCUCCAUCUGCAACGAGAUCGUGCACCCCGGCUGCCUGAAGGUGAGCGCGGGGAGGGACCCACCAUCUCCAUUUUGGAUCCAGGUCAAAGACGCAGGCGGAGUUGUGAAUGACGAGCUUCCUAACUGCUGGGAGUGUCCCAAAUGCAAUCACGCUGGGAAGACGGGGAAAGCCUACAAGCAAAAAAGAGGUCCAGGGUUUAAGUACGCGUCCAACCUCCCGGGAUCCCUGCUGAAGGAGCAGCGCUCCAACCGCGACCUGAAGGACGAGGCCGACCUAGCCGGCGCCGCCGUCGCCGUGGUCGCCACCGCCAAGAGGAAAGCCGAGCGGGAGGAGACCCCCAAGCGCAAGCCCGAGGAGCCCCCCAAGAAGCGCCCGUCCCUCACGCCGUCCGACGGCCUGCCCCUGCCGAGGGCCGAGGAGAACCCGCUCAGGAAGAAGAGGAAGCUCUUUGAGAAGGACCCGGACCCCAUUAGAAAGUCCUGGAAGGCCGAUGACCCGCUGAUCCCCAAGCUGCUGAGGCAAAUCAAGACGGAGCAGGAGGAGGAAGAGGAGGACAGGGAGCUGGAGGAGAGGGAGUCAGAGCGCGAGCAGGGGCCAGAGGAGGAGGAGGAGGAUGACGAGGAGGAGGAGGAAGAGGAGGAGGAAGACGAGCAGGAGGAUUGCGCGGGAGAGGCGGAGGAUGAGGGGGCGGAGGAGGCCGACGAGGAGGACGCGGGGGAGGACCUGCUGAGCCCCCCGGUCAGGACGCCGGCCCGCGAGAGCGACCAGUCGCGCUCCAGCUCCCCGAGGGCGGGGCCCAGCAGCGAGGGCGGCAGUGAGCCGCAGGAGAAGGGCCGUCUGCGGGCGCGGCGCAAGCGCAAGCUCCCCAACAAGGAGCUGAGCAAGGAGCUGAGCAAGGAGCUCAACCAGGAGAUCCAGAAGACCGAGGACAGCCUGGCCAAUGAGAACUGCCAGCCCCUCAAGUCGGAGCCCGAGAGCGAGAACGAGGAGCCCAAGCGGACGCUCAACAACGGCGGCGAGCCGGGCGCCGACCGCUUCCGCCUCAAGGGCCGCGAGGUGAACGGGGGCCCCCGGGAGCUGCGCCUGCACCCGCACCUCCAGCAGCUCUCCCCGCUGGGCCUCAACCGGAGCUCGCAGGGCGGCCGGCCCCCGCCCUCCCGCUCCCCGCCCAAGUGCGUCCAGAUGGAGCGCCACGUGAUCCGGCCCCCGCCCAUCAGCCCCCCGCCCGACCGCCUGCCCCUGGUGGAUGGGGAGACGCACGCGCUGCGCCGCGAGGUGUGGAUGGCCGUGUUCAGCCACCUCAGCCACCGGGAGCUCUGCGUCUGCAUGCGCGUCUGCAAGACCUGGAACCGAUGGUGCUGUGACAAGAGGCUGUGGACCAGGAUAGACCUGAAUCGAUGCAAGUCCAUCACUCCGCUCAUGCUCAGUGGCAUCAUUCGCAGGCAGCCCAUGUCCCUGGACCUGAGCUGGACCAAUAUUUCAAAGAAGCAAUUAAGCUGGCUCAUUAACAGACUGCCAGGCCUCAGGGUGCUGCUCCUGUCUGGGUGCUCUUGGGUGGCGGUCUCCGCCCUCUGCACUUCCAGCUGCCCGCUGCUGCGCACCCUGGAUGUCCAGUGGGUGGAGGGACUGAAGGACGCCCAGAUGAGAGACCUGCUCUCACCCCCAACCGACAACAGACCAGGUCAGAUAGACAAUCGGAGCAAACUGCGGAAUGUGGUGGAGCUGCGGCUCUCGGGCCUGGACAUAACGGACUCCUCGCUCCGCCUCAUCAUCCGACACCUGCCUUCGCUCUCCCGACUGGACCUCAGCUACUGCAACCACAUAACGGACCAGUCCAUUAACAUUUUAACCGCAGUGGGAACAACGACUCGGGAUUCCCUUACAGAAAUUAACCUGUCAGUUUGCAAUAGAGUCACAGACCAAUCCCUGAUCUACUUCAAGCGCUGCGGGAGCAUCUGUCACAUUGACUUGCGCUACUGCAAACAGGUGUCCAAGGAGGGCUGUGAACAGUUCAUAGCAGAGAUGUCCGUAAGCGUGCAGUUCGGACUCAUAGAGGAGAAAUUACUGCAGAAAAUCAGCUAGUUAACGCUGGCGCGCGCGGGGAAAAGAGAGAAUCUGUCGUUCUCUUUUCCUGUGGUAUUUUUGCGGGCCGUUGUCCCGGAGCAGAAACCGUGGCGGUUUUACGAAACCUGAGUUUGUCAAAAAGAAGGAAUUUUUUUCUGCCUAACGGGGGAAAGCGUGAACAGUGUGAAGGGACUUGGGAAAUGUUUGGUUGUCGGGCAAGCGGAGAAGAUCGGCCGCAGCGUUCAAGCUUCUCUGAAGAUGUUGCCAUCCGCCCGGACACCCAGCGGAGCCGGGUGUGAACACGCAAUGCGAGCUACCAGUGCGUGGGACCUCAGAACACUGGGUCCACGGGAGAGACUGUGUAAUUAAAAAAACAACUAAAUAAAAAAGCAUGUUUUUUUCCUUUUUAUACUGUAAAAUCCUACAAGCCUUCUAAGUUAUAAAAGUCACAUUGUGUUUAAGAAAAAACAAGGACCACAAUUGUUGUAGUUCUUUUUAAAUUUGUUUAUUCAUAAUUUUUUUUUUCCUUUUGUUACAAUGCGAACCUCAUGCAUCGUGCUGAAAUAUUUUUGUAUCGGAAAGUGUUUUAUGCUCUAUAUAUGCAGUAUUGGAUGCACACUGGUGUACCAUUUUGAUUUUCCGUUUCUCGAUCUGCAUCAUUGUUUUCUUUUGGCUGACUUUAACCUGUUCUUCGGAGUUAUGCCUGUACUAGCUUGUCCAGAUGGAGGUGUUAAUAUAUUAAUUUAUCCUGUGGUGUUCCUAUCUGACAUGGGUAAUCCAGCUUGUCAGUACAGAGUUACUUUAUCUCUUUCUUAUGCCUAUAUAUUAUUCAGUCUGUUUCAAUGUGUUUAUACCUGGGAAUUCUAGGAAAACUAUUUGCACUGUUUGACUUGAAUAAAUACAGCUAUUUUUUUCCAAGGA